AUGGAGCUGGAGGAAAAGGAAGCUGAGGAGAGAAAAAAGAAAGAGGAGAAAGAGAAGAAAAAACCGGAAGAGGGGAGCAAGACGCAAGAUGAGGAGAAGGAGAAGGAAGAAGAAGCGAAGCAGCCCCCAUCCACGCCUCCAGCGCCUGAGCCACCUGCCGCCAAGGAGGAAGAAUCCAAGAAACCAGAGGAAGAGAAGCCGGUUGUCACACAUCUUGCAGAAGACGUACAGGAGCAGCUGGCGAAUCAGCUCGUGGAAGCGGAGAAAAACCAGAAUAUGUCGGCACCGCAGGGCGCCAUCGUCAUGACGCAGCUCAUUCUCCCAGAAGAACAACAGAGAGCUAUCAUCAGCGAAGUCAAGCGGUGGACAAAGCUGGAAAUCUACAUCAGCCACGUCGACCGCGUCUUCUUCCAGUUUGCGAAAUACUUUACCAAAGGAAACCUCAAAGUCAGACUAUACUGCAUUGCCUUCUACGACGGCGAAGACCCGAACUAUGUAUCGCUGCUCUCCGGCCACCGGACGAAACUCAUGAGGCCAGAGGUCCACCCCGUCUACCCAAACAGCAGGAUACGGUGCCAGAUUGACCAGGCGUUGAUCUUGCCGUUUGACGGCUCCGCAAAAGGCUUCCACAUCGGGCUCGUGGCGGUGCUUGGCCAGCGGAAGAAGACAGGCGAAGGAGAGUUCCGGCGCAAAAUGAUUGGAAUGACCGAGAUGAUUGACGCGCGCGUUGACAAAAUUCGUCUGAAGCGAACGGCCGCGUGGGCGCUCUUCGUGCCGCAGGACUUGCGCGAAAAUGUCGCCGUGCCUCAAGUGUGCGGAGAGAUUUUCUUCAGAGCGGAAGGCUUCGAAGGCUCUGACGGUCCCGAGUUGCCCAAGGACGACGUUCUGAGAGCCUCCUUCGACUUUGGCUCCGCGGAUCGUCUGAAGGCGAAGGCGGCGCUGCGGGCCACGGCGCUGGCGCAGCUUGCGAACCGCGAGCUGUCUUUGCCCAAAACUCAGGAGGACAACAAGCCUGGCUUCUUCCAGAGGCUCUUUGGCGGUCGUCGGCGCGAGGGGGAGCCGAAGCCCGCGCCCGAGCCAAAGCCCGCGCCCGAGCCGAAGCCGAAUCCCGCGGCGGUGAACCUCGACACGUACCUGAAGAAUUCGCUAGCCAAGUUGCCUCCUCCCGCGAAGCACAAGCCCGAGUACCUCGACAUCAUGGUGGACGUGGCCCGCCCGGACGACGGCACGGAAGACCAGAAUGAGGUACUCUGCGUCGUGCGAAAGAAAAUGGAAGUGGUGCACAAAGUCGUGUUUGGCGGCCCAGCCGCGGCUCCGAAACCUCCGGUCAAGAAGGCCUCGCAGCUCUGGGCGGACGAGACGGGCGGGUCCAGGCGCGGGAAACCAGGCGGCGAAGGAGCGCCUGCAGAGGGCGCGGCGAAGAGCAACGAGGAGAGGAAGAGACCCGAAGGCACGAGAUCCGAAGGCACGAGACCCGAAGGCAAGAAACCCGAAGGCAAGAAACCCGAAGGCAAGGAGGGCGAAACCAAGAAGUCCAGCGGCAGCGAGUCAGGCCAGCGGAGCAGCGGAAGCAGCGGCAAGAGCAAGCCUGCAGGCCCCGCAGUCUCCGCCGCCGCAUCGAUGGCCGCGCGGAAAGCACCGGCGAAGGAAACUGAGGAAGGCGCAAAAGGCGGGAGCGCGCCGCGUGCGCCCGCUGCAGCCGUGACGAAAGAAGGGGGAAAGCCCGCGUCCGAGGGGGCGAAAAAGGCCGGCGAGCCUGCCAAGAAGGUCUUCACUUCCGGGGUGGUGGCGGAUCCGCGCCGGGCGCAGGGAGCACAGGCCAACGCGGCGACAUCCGCCACGGGAGGAAAGAAGGCUGCGGAUACAGCGGCCCCCCUGGCCAAGGCAGAGGCCGGCGCGACUCCGCAGCCGAAGGCGAAAGCCAGCCAGGCGGACAGCAAAGCGAAGGCCGCGAAGGCAGCCGACGCGAGGGGAGCGCCGACAGUUGCUGCCACGAAGGUGACGGCCCCGCCGCCGGUCAAAAAAGUUCCAGCCGCCACGCCGAAUGGUGCCAAGGGAGGCCCGCCGGCCGUGCUGACAGCCGACGCGAAGGGGGCCAGCGGCGGGAAGCCCCCUGCGAAGGGAGGCGCAGCAGGGGCGAAGAAACCUGCCGGCGCGGAUGCCCAGAAGCCUUCUGGUGCGAAGAACACAGGGGGGGCGAAGGCCGGCCCCGCCACCGGGGGUGCAGGAGACGGCGCCUCGACGCAGCCGCAGAGGGCUGCGGAACCGAAGGGCAAAGCGACGGCGGGAUCCAGCGGCGGGGCGGCAGUCAAAAAGGCCGCCUUCAUGCCUCCUCCGAAGAAAGAGUCAACAGUGACGACUCGGCCGUGA